AUGACUCAUCCGUCUUUUCUAGUUCUCUUCCCACGCCAUCUAACCGAGACUGCCGCACCGCGAACAAUAAACCUCAUUCACACGUUGCGUAACUAUCUGCAUUAUCACAUCAAGUGCUCCAAAGGCUACAUCCACCGUCGAAUGCGUGCCAAAACAGCCGAGUUUAUUAAAAUCCUGAACCGCGCUCAUCCACAGUAUACUGUUACACCCGCCAUCCAGGUCGGUUUGCCCACUAAAGUGCCCUCGUAUGCCUCAUUCGGCCUAUACGANGGGUCUGCUAACGGGACGAACAAUGGAGGUAGUUCCAAAGAGCCUUCCCCUGACUGGCCUGCUCCCCCGGACAGUGCCAUCACAAACGGGUUUGUUUGA